AUGGCAUCUUGUAAAAUUGCUUACUUUGUUUAUGUCGUCCUAUUAUUAUCUGUUAUUCUCUUCAAUGCGGAACCGGCAAGCGCGUUGGACCUCAAGAAACGAUUGCCCAAUGAAGAACCAAUGGGCACGUUGGAAGUGAUAGGAGGAGAAUUGCCCAAUGGAGAAAAAUUAAACACAUUGACUCUGAUAAAAAGAGAAUCACCCAAUGGAGAAAUUUUAAAACGUGCUUCUAAAGGUGGUGUUGUUGAUAGUGGUAAUGAUGGUGUUAGUUCUAAUAAUGGUGGUG